UCUUUCCAGGAAGUGGAAAUUUGCCAAUUAUCAACUCAGAGAAAACGUUAGUUUUUGAUGCUUUAAUACAAGCAGGUUCUUUAAAGUGGUGUGAUAUCAUUAAUAAGAUUAUAUUAGUACAGUUGUAACAGGCAAUUCAUUGAAUUAAGGCAAAUUGAUAACCGGAGAUCAUGCUGAGGAUAAUGAGUUGACACAAGAUUUCAGGAUGGUAUUUUUGGCUGUAGUGCUUGGUGCAGCAGUGCUUUGCUGCAGUGUUUUACUUGUGUUUGGGUGUGUUUGUCACCUUUUCAAGCGUCAUGGGUUUACAAACUUUGAAGAUGAAGAAAGUGUGCGAGAUGUUUCCAUGUAUCCAACUAAUGAAAGUGUUCAUGAUAGUUCAAAUGUAACCUUUGAACCAUUACCUGAUAUAUUGGCAAAAACAUUAAGCAGUCGAGCUCUGCGGCCCAGAAUUACCUGCACAGACAAAGAGAAACAAUCAGCUGCUGCCAAGCUAGUCACAAUUUAUAAAACAUUUCCAAGGAAUCAACUUUUGUAUAUUAAGGAGAUUGGACUUGGAUGGUUUGGACAGGUUCUUCAAGGAAGUGCAGAGAAUAUUUUACCAGACAGUCGACACAUCAAGGUUGUUGUUAAAAUUCUGAAAGAUGAUGCCACAGCCAAUGAAAAGGCUCUAUUUCUGGAAGAAGUUGCGCCUUACAGGGAUUUGGACCACCCAAACAUCAUAAAACUUUUGGGACAAUGUACAGAGACCACACCAUUCUUAACAAUAGCAGAAUAUCCUCCAAUGGGAGAUCUUAAAUCAUACUUAUUGACCAACAAGACAGGACCAUUUAUACAGUUAGCUAUAGAUGCUGCCAAAGCACUGUCCUAUAUGCACAAACAUUCCUAUAUACACCAUGAUUUUGCUGCUAGAAACUGUCUGUUGAUGUCAGAUUUAACGCUCAAAGUUGGUGAUUAUGGCAUUGGAGAGGACUUGUACAGGGAAGAUUAUUAUGACACUGGGAGAGAUUUGUUGCCAAUACGCUGGAUGUCUCCAGAGUCUCUCGAAGUUAAACAAGGUGUAUGGCAGCUCAAAGAGUUCACUAUACAAUCUAAUGUCUGGUCAUUGAGUGUUUUGUUAUGGGAGAUUGUAUGUGGAGGUAGAAGACCUUACAUAAAUCUUCGUGAUGAAGAUGUUUUACAGAAGGUUAUACGUGAUGGAACAGCCAAGUUACCAUGUCCCAGUGCUGAUGUACCACUUCAUGACAGAUGGUUUGAGAUAAUGGAAAUGUGUUGGCAGGAAAUUGAUGAUAGACCCACAACAGAUGACAUUUUAGCAUUCCUGCAGCAAAUUGAGGAGGAAUUGACAUCAGAGUCACAUGACCAAACAGCUGUUACAUCUAGUGAACCUUUAACCCAGACUGGUCCUCAGUCACCAACAUCAUUUGAUUCCAAGUUUGUCAUGUCUAAAAAUGUUAACCAGUCUAAUCAGCAUGUGGCAGAAGUUUUAGUUCACAGAGUUGAUGAUAGUGGACAAAGACUUGGUUUUGAUGACGAUUUUUCAAAAUCUGUUAAAAUCCAGAAAAACAAAAAUGGUGGAUUUGAAGACGAUUUUAUCCAUGUUGAAGAAAAUGCCAAUGACACUUCUUACCUCUCACAAAAUGAUUCCAUAUUAGCAUACGGGGGUAAUAAUUCUGAAAUAGACAAAGACAUUUUUUCACCUGAUCAAAAUUUGAACCUACAACACCCACCAGUUCCUGUUGGUAUGAGUACACCAAGUAAAUAUUUAACAAAUGGAAAGACGAAUCUAUCGGAGGGCUAUAAUACUGCAAUGAGCAACACUACAGCGCUCAAUUCUAAAUAUGUUACUGCCCAAGAUGGCAAUUUGCAUGUAUCUGCUUUUAAUCCAGACUUAGUUAGAUCUAACAGUCAAAGCAUUUCACCUUUCAAUCCAGACUUUAUCAGAUCUGAUAAUAGAAGUAAACAAUCUUCCAAACAAAUCUUUGCGGAGAAAUCGGAUCAUCAAUCUAGUGAUGAUGGAUAUAGAACAGGAAUGAGCAACUCAGCUCCUGAUAUAGUGUUAAAUAAUCAUAGUGAUACCGGUUUGUCGAAACAAAAAGACGAUAUAUCUAAUGAUAAUGAUUUAAAUGAAGAUUUGGAUGAGGUACAACCAUAUACUCGUCUAAGUCCAAAAUUUUCAGAUUUAGAGACUGAGAAAGCUAAAGAAAUUUAUAUGUCGAAAGGUGCUGGUCUGCCAACCUCUAUAGUUCACAAGUCAAGAUCUCUCGGAACCAUUCCAGAAGAUGGAAUUCCUUCAGAUAAUACCUCUCAAAGUGGCGUAGUGUUUGAUGAUCCAGAAUCUGACAUUGGCAUGAACUUUGAGUGGGAUGAUUAUGAAGGUGAACAAUUGGUUGGUCAUGUUCGUCAUAUGUCAGAUGAGUCUGUUAGUAGUACACGAUCCCCUCGUCAUGUUGAGGUGGAAGAAUGGCCAUUUGACCAGGACUCGAGCAGUGAAAGUCAUUCUAAGCCAGGAAGUAUAGCCAGUGAAAGUGAUGCUGAGGUAACACGAUUGUCCAUGGAAUCCAACACCAGCAUAGAUACACGUGCUCGAAUAGCUAGCAUACUUACUAACCGCUUAAAUUCUCUUAUUAAACAAACUAAUUCACCUCAUUCUGGUCAGGGCAUGUUUUACUCAUUUUCUAAUUAUGAUAAUGAUCUUGAUUCCCCAGAGCAUGCAUUUACUGAUACAGAUCAUCCUUUAGGUAAAGCAUCUGUUUAUCCAGAUGAAGAAGCUGUUCUGAGCAUGCCCAGUGGAAAUCAGUCAAGGGAGGCAAUUGAACUGUCAGAUGAAAGUCUUUCACAGGGGCAGGAAGGGCAGUUGAUAAAGGAUGAUUUAGAUAAAAUAGCAACAUCAGUUCUCGGAAAAGAAGAAUUACCAGAAGUGUUUGUUAGUGAACCCAGUGAUCAAAUGUUACCUUCUACAAUAACAGAUGUUGUGGCAUAAAUCUUCCAAAUAUGUGUGUUUAUAUGAUUCCAGUUUUAAGAAGCCAUAUUUGACAUUAUUCAUUUCCCUAAUUACAGUAAUCUCCAUCAAGAUCUUGUUUAAUUAUUAGUUGUAAUUUUUGCUCACCAUAGUCGUAAAGGAGAGAUGGAAAUCUGAGAGGGAGUACAGUUAAUGAUUGAAUGUAUGAAUUUUUAUGAAUGAUUGAAUUUAUGGUACAUGCACUUCAUUAAAUAACUGUUAUGCUUACAAGUGUAUGUGGGCAUAAGAAAUUAGUAAAUCGAUAUUACAGGAAUGAUAUUAAGCGUGACUAUAUAUCCAUGAUGUCACAAGUAUAAAAGCUGCAGUAUUUUGCUGUUGAAUGUCUACUUGUUCCAGCAUGUACAUCUACACAUUUUCCUACAAAAAUAGGAGCAUAAAUCUACAUUUUAUUGUUAGGUACAAUAAGGGCCUCGAUUUUCAUCUUGCCUCAAAAUAACAGAAACAUUUCCAGGAGUGACAAUUCAUUUAACUUAAUUGCCUUAAGAUGGAGAUAAAUAGGGCUAAUGUACAAAUUUCGGUCUUAAAUUGCUUUUGCUUGAAAAAAAAAUAAUUGUGGAACAAACAUAAUAUUAUUUUUGAUACUUCCAUAUCUAGAUAGGGAUUAGGUUAUACAGUAUAUUAACUUUAUUAGAGUAUCCAUUAUGACACUAAUAUAUCAUCUUACUAACUGUUAUUUUGUCAGCAUCUAUUGUGAAGAUAGUUAUUUAAUAUAUUUUGAGGAAGAGAAAUGGUUGAAAACAAUUUUAGAAUUAAAACAUAUAUACAAUGUAAUGUUAUUACACAUGCAGGGUUUGAUAUAUAUGUUAAUUUACCUGUAACCACAAUACAACAGGUACAGAGGUGGUUGUGUAACUGGAUUAUUGUAUUGGUGCCUACUACAUCCAGUCAGCUGUUUGGUGCAUGAAACAAUGUGUAUUACAGGGACUUGUCAUUAAAUAUGCCAUUUACAUAUAGGAAAACAUCUGUCAAUUCAUGAUGAAUUCAAUUCCUUAUUCUAAGCAUUAUAACUUAAAUAUUAUUUCAUAGAUCAUCUCAACACAAAUAUUUACUAAUGCAAAUUUAUGAAAGUUUGUAGCAACAGCAGGUUCUAGUAUUUCGGAUAUUUUUUAUUGCUAGAAAAUGUGUGUUUGGACAAACACUUCAUUCAGACUUUAAGUAUUUCUUGUUGCUGAAACAUAUUGGCAAAGAGUUCAUUCUUGUUGGAAUUGAAAAAAAUCAUUGUACAUGUACUUAUUUAAAUUGCUGUUAGAAAAGAAAAUAAACUUUUAAGUUUUAACAAACAAAAAUGUAUUGUAGUUUUUGUAGGGUUAUAUAUUACAUAGGAUAUGGCAUAGUCUCUGUAGUACCUUUGAUUUAACAAAUAAUUAUUCAAUGAGAAUUACUAUUGUGAUAAAGAACAUGUUAUUUUACAUUUGCAUUUUAUAAAUAUUUUGUAAUCUAUAAUCCAUAUUUUUUGCUGUAAUUUAAUAGUUCUGUUCCUCUCUUACUUUGAUCAAACUUUUUUUACAUAUUGAUAAAUAGUGAAAGAUUUGUAGAGGUAAAAGGUUAUUAGUUUAGGGAAAGAUAUUAUUUGAUUGGAAAAAUGAAAAAGAAAACACCUAUUUUUUUCUUCACAGUAGGCCUAGUGUGUAGAUUUAAGGUAUUUAGAUUAAAAUAAGAUUUAAGAAUCAGGAUGAAUAAUUUAUUCACUUGAUAGAUUUAGACAAAUCAUAAAUUUAACUUUCAUCCUUGUUUAGCAUUUCGAAUAUCUUAAUAUUUACCUGUACUUCAUCAGAGACUCAUAUAAGGACUUAACAUGUGCAAACUACACUGUUAUUUUGAUAGCUUGUAAAAUAAAGCUUCAUAUUUAGUGUAAAUUUUUUAAUGAAUUGUAAUUGGAAAAAUUGAAAUAACUAUUUGAUAAGGAAGCAAAAUAUUUACUUAAAGAGAAAAGCUUUGGAGUUAAUAAAUGCAAGCACAUAUGAAAUGUUUUAUAUGUAAUAAGCUAAGCUUCUUAAACCUUUUUUUGUUGUUGAUGAUUUCAGUGUUAAACAUAAGCUGCAAUAUUGUUAUCUACAGACUAUGUGAGCACAUAUUGCCUUAUUGUCUGCUUUCAUGAUCGUUGAAUGUCUGUUGUGUGGCCAACAUGUCUGUCCUUUAUAUCUCUUAACCCAUAUCACACUAAUAUUAUAUUCACUCUUAUUAAUAAAUUACAAAUUUUAAGGUUUUGAGGUGGGAACAACACCAGGUCAUAUUUAUUUGAACUACCAGUUUUGGAUAAGAUUCAUCAGAUUAUGGUUUUUAACUUUUAUUUAUAAAUUGUAUCCAGAAUAUCAAGUAUGUAAGAACAUGAAUUAUAUUGGACAGAUUUAUUAAUUAGUAAAUCUCUACAUAUCAAAAAGUUCCUUAAAAGAAUAUUAACAGUUCAUAAUAAGUAAAAGGACUCUUGGUGGGCAAUAUAGAGCCUUUAUGCUCUUAUCAGUUUUGUAUUGUUAAAAAGUGUAUGUAAGUAAUUUUUGCUUCCUGUAUAUGUUGCGCAAUAAAUGAUCAAUUUAUUUUUGUUAGUAAAAGUUGAAAAAAAAAUGUUCAGUUGUAGUUUGGAUGUAAAUAUAUAAUGAAUAAAAUAUAAGUUUAGAUAUUUAUAUAAUUAUAAUAUAUAAAUGGUAUAUUUAACAUAAUUCUAGUCACAAGUUUACUUACAGGUUAAAGGUUGUUAAAUGUCAGGCAAGAAGAUAUUAUUUCAAAAUUCUUUUUUGUGAUUUUGUUGAUAUUUCGGUUGGUGUAUGUUAAGUACCUAAUUUUAAAGGAGAAAGUUCGGGUGAACACUAUUUAAAUAUGCUAAAAAGAUUUGUCUUCAAGAAAUACAGAUUAAUUUUCGAAGGAGUAUGUGUGGACUAUAGGUCUCUUUGUGAAAUAUGGGAAUUGUUCAUAUUUGACAGACUAUAUUUAUCCUCAAAACUUUGUCCUCAAAACUACACUUUUGGUCAGUUAAGGUAAAUUUCGAUUUUUUCAGAGGUCAUUUUCAGCAUCUCUAAAAAAGUUUUUCUUUCAUAUCUUUUUGAAAGUGGUUUCCAUAAUUAUUUAUGUCAAUAGAAAUUUAUGUCCAGUUUAAGGUUUUAUAAUAUUAUACUAGUGAUGUCAUUUAAGAAAAGGGGAAAAUAUGAAAUAUUGCUGUCCUUGCCUGAACAAUUUUGUUUUUGGAAUUAUUACUUUUAAUUAUUUUGUAUGGCAUAAAUUGUAUAGGAUCUAUGUUAUACUGCCCUAAUUUUCAAAGGCAAAAAGGUAAAAAUUUAGUUUUUAAAAAAAAGUAUAUUUUGUAUAUAUUGUACUCAUUUGUUUAAUUUGUAAAGGAAAAAAAACAGAUUUUUUUGUUAGGAGUAGGAUUUUUUAUAGAUGCACAUUCCUUUGAGAAGUAUAGGAGAUACUCAUUUGAUUCUGUAAAACUGUAUCAUUAUCAGGAGAAAUACAAGGCAAUAGUUUUAUAGGAAAAUAUUAAUAUAAACUUAAUAUCAUAUCAAUGUUUCAUUGUUUUGAUGUUUGUUUCCCUUUCAAUUGAAUAGCUUUGUUUUUCUAAUGAAUAUUUAGGUCAAAUUUUUAUUAUCAGACAUGUAAAAUAAGUAAAAUUACUUAUAUUUAUUUAUUUUUCCAAAACUAAAUCAUAGUUAAUCAAUGCUCAUUUUGUGAAAUUACCAGCAAUGUCAUUAAUGAUGGUUAUACAUUGUUUACUGUUAUUUCAUUAAACAAUAUGAUUUUAUGUUACCCAGGCCUAUUUGUGUGUUUCUAUGUUUUGUUAGUUUAUUUUUCUGAUAUUUUUCACCUAUGAUGUUCAUAUACAUUUUAUACAUUUGAUAAGCUAACAGGUUUAGUUUAAUAGAAUAUAGGGCUUUAGAAUUAGAUAAAUGUUUUAAUAUUGAAAUCCAAACAAAAAACUUAUCCCCAAAUCAGAGAUUAAGUUAUCAUAUCAUUUUUAGCUUGACUGUUUCGAAGAAAUAGUUGAGCUAUUAUGAUUGCUGGUCGUCCUUGCUGUCAUCUUGCAUAAACUUAAGUGUUUUUCAAACAUUUUGAAAGUUUUAAACAUGAAACUCUGUAUGACAAGGUUCUGAAAUCCAUAUUUUUGAAGUUAUGUCCGUUUAAAGUUAUAUUAUUUUUAAAAAUAGGUUAUUGAUAGUGGUUGCCCUACACAGAUGAGUGUUAACACAGCAUACAGUGCUCUUGUUUUUUACGAAGCUUUAAUCAGGUAACAUGCAGAGACAGGCAGGUUGCUAGGUUACAUCAUUUUGCUACUUGUAGCCAUGAUAAACAUUUUACCCAUGAUGCUCUUAUUUACUUAUUGAUGAAAAUAUGACAAUUGAUUUAUCUCUUAAAUCUAAAUAGAAGGAAAAAUUUUGGAGUUUCUUUGUUUUUUAGUUAAAUAGUCAAAAAGUGAUGUUAUUUCUUUAAGUGUUUACUAAAAGUAUUGAGAUCUUUCAGAUUGAUGUGCAAUAAAGUGACUGACCAGAUGUAGAAAUUGUAAUUUAGAAAGGAACAAACUGUAACAGGUUUUGAUUUCAAUCAGAAAAAGCACAGAUACUUUAUCAUAUCUUAAGGUUUUUUUUAUUGUUGUAAUGUUCUUAUUAUGUAUAAGCAGAUAAUGGAUUAUGUUUUUGAUAGCUUGAAGUAUGUUUUCUUUAUUAUUAUAUAAGUGUAGGAAGUAUCCAUGUGUUGAAACUGAGGUAUACAAAAGGUAUAGUGUGACACCAACACAUCCCAAUUAAUAUACUGUUACAGUCAUACUGAAUACAUUGUCAUGCACCUGUCCUUUGAAUAUGGAAUUGUCCAUUGAGAUAUUUCAAUGUAAAAUUUUGAAAUUGAGUAGCUAUUAGCAUAAAACCAGGGAAAUGAAAAUCUGACUUGGGGUUAUACUUGGGUUUUGGCAAGUUAUUGUUAAUGCCUAGUUAAAUUGACUACCGGUACUUGUUUUCACCAGAUGGUUACUAGUCUUGUAUGUUAUCUCUGUUAACUGUUAUAUUAUCAGUUGUUGUUUUACUUGAACAUGAUUGCUAGGCUAAUGUCUAUUUACUAGGUUCAGUUCUAGUGGCUAGGCUGAGUUCUAGUUACUUGGUUGAGUUCUAGUAGCAGCUAGCUAGGCUUAGUUAUAGUGACAAGUCUUUUUAGUUGCUAGGCUGAGUUCUAGUAGCAAGGCUGUGCUCUAGUUGCUAGGCUGAGCUCUAGUUGCUAGGAUGAGUUCUAGUUGCUAGGCUGAGCUCUAGUUGCUAGGAUGAGUUCUAGUAGCUAGGCUGAGCUCUAGUUGCUAGGCUGAGCUCUAGUUGCUAGGAUGAGUUCUAGUUGCUAGGCUGAGCUCUAGUUGCUAGGAUGAGCUCUAGUAGCUAGUUCAGGAUGAUAUAUCUUCAUAAUAUCUUCAUAAUAUCUUCAAAUAUUUAGUAAAUGUAACAUGUAAAUUGAUCCAGUUAAAAACUGACACAAAAAAGCUUAAGUAUGUCUCUGAGUAUGGUAUUAUAAGAAAAAACAAUUAAAAGCUAGCAUUACUGUUUUGGUUUAAUCUAUUUUGAUGUCUAGCAUAACUCCAUUUUCCUUUAGUUGGUUUUAUCUAGUACAGCAUGGCCUACAAAAAAAAAUUAUGUAGAUUAUUUUUUUUUGUUUUUUUUGUAAAAUUUAAAAUGUCUACAAAUGGUUAAAUAAAGUAGUCAUAUCAAAUAAUUGCUAGCUCUCUUUUGUCUCAGUUAUCGUUUCAACACUCUUCAUGUUGUAUAUUGUUCAUAUUUGGGAAAAUGUUGCCAAAGUUAUAUCAUCAUUAUAUCAAUGAGUAUUAUAUUAUAAAUUUACAGAAAAAAAAAGAAACUUGUAAAA